CACAGGAAGACGAGUCAACCCGAGGUUCCUCCUACGGUCCACAACCCAAACUCCGACUGUCUCACAGACACACCUUUCAGCAUGCCCUGCUGCGACCCACUCGGUCUGUGUCAGUACCAAACCAACAAACUGCUCCGGAUCCGGAGCGUCCGGCUCGGUUCGCUCAAAUGGAGCCUGAACGGAGCGAUCCUGCUGUUCAUCUGUAUCAUGAUGCUUUGGAACAGGGAGUACCAGGAGUUUGACCUGGUUGUGAGCUCCAUCACCACCAAAGUGAAGGGUGUGGCUCAGACACACCUACCUGGGGUCGGGGACGUAGUGUGGGACGUGGUGGACUACAGUGGGGCCUCUCAGGGCAAAAACUCCUUCUUUGUGGUGACCAAUGUUAUUGUGACAAAGAAUCAGAAACAGGGAAAAUGUCCAGAGGUUCCCUCUAAAGGCCGGCUGUGCCGCUCUGAUAAGGACUGUGAGAAAGGAGCCUGGGACCAGCAGAGCCACGGGAUUCAGACCGGUUCCUGCAUCAAGUUUGAUGUGAUGAAGAAAACCUGUGAAGUGUCUGCGUGGUGCCCAAUUGAAACCAAGACAGCCCCUCCAAGACCUGCUCUGCUGGCAGCAGCUGAGAACUUCACUGUCCUCAUCAAGAACAACAUCAGGUUUCCAGCCUUCAACUUCAUCCGUCGGAACAUCCUCCCACAGAUGAAAGACGCCUACCUGAGGAGCUGCCACAGAGGAAACGACUCGCUCUGUCCCAUCUUCCGACUCGGAGACAUCAUUCGAGAGGCCGGGGAGAAGUUCUCUGACAUGGCCGUGGAGGGGGGCGUCAUCAGCAUUCAGAUCAAAUGGGACUGCAACCUGGACCGGCUCAUGCAGCGCUGCCUCCCCAGAUACUCCUUCAGGCGGCUUGAUGAGAAAGAGAGCAACAGGACGCUGUACCCUGGCCUCAACUUCAGGUUUGCGAAGUACAACGUGGUGAAUGGCGUUGAGGAGCGAACGCUCUUCAAAGCCUUUGGGAUCAGGUUUGAUGUCAUGGUGUUUGGACAGGCGGGGAAGUUCAGCUUCAUUCAACUCAUCAUCUACAUUGGUUCAACGCUGUCGUACUACGCUCUGACAACUGUGUUCAUCGACUGGCUCCUGGAAACCAGCUGUUGUUCUGCAGAGGUUGGACGGAACUACUCUGAGAGGAAAGUGGAAUCGGUCCAGGACACGCAGCAGUGCAUCCUCUGCGUGUCAUACGUUGAUGAAAAGAAGCUUCGGCUGGUGAAGAGAUCACACAAGAAAAGUCUCCAAAACCUAAAACCGAUGUGUGUUCAGCCCCGCAAGGAGGACUCAGGACACCUGAGAGCCGUUCUCUGUCUCCAGCCGGAUGUCAGUGUGGACCACAAUGCUCAGCCUGCCCUGGACCAGAAACCAGCCCCUGACUCUAAACGGCGUCAUCCAGGCUGGUGUAAAUGUGACUGCUGCAGUCCCUCUGUUGCCCCACAGGAGGAGCUGUGCUGCAGGCAGAGUGAUGGUGCCUGCAUCACCUCGUCUCCUCUGUUCAAGCAGCUGGUGUUAGGCCGUUCACUGCUGCAGGCCGUCCUCCUCUACCAGGAUCCUUUGUCUCCCCCCGUCGGUGGGGCUCAGACCGCCGCCCUGCGUCACUGCGCCUACAGACAAUACAUCAGCUGGAGGUUUGGGGUCCCACCUCAUGACACCCACCCAGUCAUCCCCAGCUGCUGCGUGUGGAGAAUCAGAGAGGAGUAUCCAAGUCCGGACGGCCGGUACAGCGGCUUCACACCCGUCAGGAAGGUCUCGGUGCCGACUCAAAACAACGGAAAGCUUUGAGGGAAAAGAGCCCCUCUCACUGAAAGAUCUACUAACAAUGUGUUUUUGUAACAUUGGGAUACUGAAAAGAGGAAAUGCAUAAAGUUUACUCUCAACCAAUAAAUCACUUUGAAGUUC